AUGCGUUUUGAGGAGCCUCAGACAUUGAUUGAAGAAUUUUACUUACAGUGUAAUAAGGAAGAUGAAAGCUGGCCAUUGAAGUAUUUUUCAAUUUCUUCUCUCUCAGGAUCCACGCUCGCCCAGAAUAUCGUCCUGCUUAGGGAGACAUUUCUUUUCUCCCCACGUCUCUCAGAUCUUCACUCUCAUUUUUCUUCACACAUAUUAUUAUCUUUUUCUUGUAUGUUCUCUCUUUAUGCUACUACUCACGCUCAUUCUCUCGCACUAACUCUCUCUCUCUCUCUCUCUCUCUCUCUCUCUCUCUCUCUCUCUCUCUGCAGUCUUUACUUUCCUUUUGUCUUUACUGUCCCACAACGCAUCCUUUUCAAAUCUCGUUUUCUGCGUGGGCUAUUCCGUCUCCAAUUGGGUGCUGGUUUUCCCCGAUUAUCCCUCACAAUUACAGAGACGUUAAACACUUCUUUCUUUCUUUCUUUCUUUCUUGCUUCUUCCUUACUUUCCUUCCUUCCUUCUUUCUUUAUUUCUGUCUGUCUGUCUGUCUGUCUGUCUUUCUUUCUUUUUUUCCUUUCUUUCUUUCUUUCUUUCUUUCUUCUCUUCUCUUCUCCCUCUCACCGAAAACAUCAUUUCCCAUUAACUAAUAUCUAUCUAUCUAUCUAUCUAUCUAUCUAUCUAUCUAUCUAUCUAUCACACUGUUCAUUAUCUAUGUAUCUAUCUAUCACACUGUCCAUUAUCUAUGUAUCUAUCUAUCUAUCUAUCACACUGUUCAUUAUCUGUGUAUCUAUCUAUCACACUGUCCAUUAUCUAUCUAUCUAUCUAUCACACUGUCCAUUAUCUAUCUAUCUAUCACACUGUCCAUUAUCUAUCUAUCUAUCUAUCUAUCUAUCUAUCUAUCUAUCUAUCACACUGUCCAUUAUCUAUCUAUCUAUCUAUCUAUCUAUCUAUCUAUCUAUCUAUCUAUCACACUGUCCAUUUAUCUAUCUAUCUAUCUAUCUAUCUAUCUAUCACACUGUCCAUUAUCUAUCUAUCUAUCUAUCUAUCUAUCUAUCUAUCUAUCACUCUGUCCAUUAUCUAUCUAUCUAUCUAUCUAUCUAUCACACUGUCCAUUAUCUAUCUAUCUAUCUAUCUAUCUAUCUAUCUAUCUAUCUAUCACACUGUCCAUUAUCUAUCUAUCUAUCUAUCUAUCUAUCACACUGUCCAUUAUCUAUCUAUCUAUCUAUCUAUCUAUCUAUCUAUCACACUGUCCAUUAUCUAUCUAUCUAUCUAUCUAUCUAUCUAUCUAUCUAUCUAUCACACUGUCCAUUAUCUAUCUAUCUAUCUAUCUCACUGUCCAUUAUCUAUCUAUCUAUCUAUCUAUCUAUCUAUCUAUCUAUCUAUCUAUCUAUCUAUCUAUCACACUGUUCAUUAUCUAUGUAUCUAUCUAUCACACUGUCCAUUAUCUAUGUAUCUAUCUAUCUAUCUAUCUAUCACACUGUUCAUUAUCUAUGUAUCUAUCUAUCACACUGUCCAUUAUCUAUCUAUCUAUCUAUCUAUCUAUCUAUCUAUCUAUCUAUCUAUCUAUCUAUCUAUCUAUCUAUCACUCCUUAUUAUCUACAACACACUUCGAUCGGUUCAUUAUCUAUUAUACUAUAUUCAUUUAUAUUAUAUUAUACUAUAUUCAUUAUCUAUCUAUCUAUCUAUCUAUCUAUCUAUCACACUCUGUUAAUUAUCUAUCUCUAUCUAUCGCUAUCUUAUUUGAUUACUAUCACUGUGGCUAACUUGCUAAGUGUUUUCAUUAUUUUUGUGCAUACUCACUCACUAUUUGUCUGUCUUUGA